GCAAUGUGCAACCCUAUGAAUUCAUUCUUCCGCCAAGUUGGAAACAAACAAGAGUUGCCAACAUACUUUCUGGAAAUUAUUGCCAACCCAAAUGUGCUGAGCCAUGGGUGGAGGUGAAAUUUGAAGAUGAAAAGCAAGGCAAAGUUCAGGUGGUCGCUUCACCUUUAAUACGCCUAACAAACAAGCCUAAUGCAACUAUUGAAGAUAUUGGAAGCCCUGAGAAGGUGAUUGCUUCUCUUGGUCCAUUUGUGACGGGUAACACGUAUGAUUCUGAUGAGCUCCUUGAAACAUCAAUAGAGAAGCAUGGCAAUCAAACG